CUAUCAAAACAUGAAAAAUGGCGGACGCCUCGAAUCCGGAAGUUGACUUUUCCGCAGAAGGCGUCCGGAGUUUCAUUAUUAAACACGGUGGAAAGGUCAGCAAUGUCGCCGUGGUCGGGCACUUUAUGGCCUACCUGCGGCAUUCGGAUAAGGAAGUCAGAGAGGAAAACCGUAGAAAGUUCAAGGAGUUUAUGAAUGAGGUAGCAGUGGUCAAGAAAGAUGAAAAGGAUGAUAAGGUCGUUGUACUGAAGAGGAAAAACAAGGACAUCAAUUACAGGGACUUUGUGGAACUGCCUAAGUUGGUGGUCUUUCAAGACAAGGAUCACUCACAGACCCCUGGGGACACCUCUGAAUCAGAGCCCAUACCCCCUGCCAGACGGCCCAAGCAUGCCAGGAGGAGCAUGGGUAAUGAGGAGGAGGAGGCAGUUGCCGUGGUGACGGGGCCCCCGGUCGAAGACAAGGAGACGGAGUACACAGGACCCAAAGAGCAAGAGGAUGUCAUCAGUACCAAAGAAGGCGAGCGGAUUAUUGACCAGAAGCGUCAGAUCAAGAGCGUCAAGAGCUUUGCCGACAUCUUUGACCAGGAAGUCCAGUCACAGAAAGAGGAAGUCGAGAGGUUCAAGUCACCGGUCAAGUCGGUGCCCAAGACGUCCGAGAAAGAGACCAGCUCAGAACCGGAUUCUGAGACAAACAGACAAGAAGAAGGAUUGAAAGAGGAUGAAACUGCCCCCCUCAUCUCGCCUGGACUGCAGUCCAGCGGCACUAUGCAAUCCAUUAGCAGCGAGGCCAGCACCUCGUGUAGUACAGAUACUGUAGUACAUUGGCAUCAGCUUGAUCCAUUAGAGCACCAGUGGAUGAUGGAAUCAGCGAAGGCCAACCUGGCAGCAUUGUCAAAUCUUCUCAAGCAAGACAUCAAGCUGGCUGGCAAAAAGGAUUUUGUCACGGUAGGUGAUGUUUUGUCAUAA